GGGGCUUCUUCUCCACCAUCUUCUCCAGCUUGUUUGGAACUCGAGAGAUGAGGAUUCUCAUCCUGGGACUGGACGGAGCGGGAAAAACAACCAUUCUGUACCGGUUACAAGUUGGAGAAGUCGUUACCACCAUUCCGACCAUUGGCUUCAAUGUUGAGACAGUGACAUACAAGAAUCUGAAAUUCCAAGUUUGGGACCUGGGAGGACAGACAAGCAUAAG